AACAUUCCCCACGAUCUAGAAUCACGACAUAGCGAUCUCGAUCACGUCAGUUCUGCCGCUUCAAAUACAAUCCUCGGAACCCCCACAACCCCAAUACAACCUCACCUUCUCAACCAACAAUGGCUCCCGAUCUGAAUACUGUCCCACCCUCCCCUCGAGACACGCCCUCCACGAUGCCCUCCACCACGCCACCCCCGCGACUCGUCUCAGCCAAGCGACCCAACAUCCUGUACAUCAUGGCAGAUCAACUGGCGGCUCCGCUGCUGAAGAUGCACAACCCCAAGUCGCAGAUCAAGACACCCAAUAUCGAUGCGUUGGCCGAAGGAGCCGUGGUCUUUGACUCGGCAUACUGUCCCUCACCACUAUGCGCCCCGUCACGGAUGUCUAUGGUUUCGGGUCAGCUUCCUACGAAGAUUGGCUCCUACGAUAAUGCGUGCUCCAUCGAUCCAAGUGUUCCUACAUACGCACAUUAUCUGCGAGCAGCUGGGUAUGAGACGACGUUGGCGGGGAAGAUGCACUUUAUUGGGGAGCAGCUACAUGGAUAUGAAAGUAGGUUGACGAGCGAUAUCUACCCAGGAGAUUAUGGUUGGAAUGUCAAUUGGGAGGAUCCGGAGAGGAGAUUGGAGUGGUAUCAUAAUGCCAGCUCGAUUUUACAAGCAGGUGUUUGUGUUCGGAGCAAUCAGCUGGAUUAUGACGAGGAGGUCAUGUUCAAGUCAAAGCAAUUCCUCUAUGACCAUGUCCGCCAAGGCCCUGGCGCUAGACCAUUCUGCAUGACUGUGUCCCUCACCCAUCCUCACGACCCGUAUACCAUCGAGAAGAAGUUCUGGGACUUGUACGAAGGAGUUGAUAUCGAACUCCCAGAAGUCAAUAUUCCGCAAGACGAACAAGACUCCCACUCUCAGCGUCUUCUCAAAGUUUGCGACCUCUGGGACAAGAAAUUUACCCCUGAGCAAAUCAAGCGAGCUCGCCGCGCGUACUACGGAGCCGUAUCCUACGUCGACGACUGCAUUGGAAAACUCCUCCAGACUCUCAAGGAUUGUCGACUUGACGAAAACACCAUUGUUGUCUUCAGCGGUGACCAUGGCGAUAUGUUGGGUGAGCGAGGAUUAUGGUACAAGAUGUCCUAUUUCGAGUCUUCCGUCCGUGUCCCCAUGCUUAUCCACCACCCCGCCUCAUUUAAACCCCACCGCGUCAGCGCAAACGUGUCAACACUCGAUAUCCUCCCUACCCUCGUGGAUCUCGUCAACACGAAAUUAUGGCCCGGUCUCCCAAUGGAUGGUACUUCCCUGCUUCCUCACCUGGAAGGUCGAUCAGGAGGUUCCGAUACCGUGUUUGCCGAGUACUGCGGUGAAGGGACCGUAGCACCAAUGAUGAUGAUCCGUCGAGGAGACUGGAAAUACAUCACCUGCCCCGCCGACCCAGACCAACUUUACAACCUGAAAUCCGACCCAAAAGAACUCAUCAACCUCGCCCUCCUCCCAUCCAAACACCCCCUCACCACCCCCGACGUCUCCAAAACCCUCUCGGCCUUCCAAGCCGAAGCCAAGGCAAAAUGGGACAUUGAAACCAUCACAUCCUCCGUCCUCGUCUCGCAGCGCCAACGCAGACUUGUCUGGUCGGCCCUCAAAGUCGGGAAAUUCACAAGCUGGGAUUACAACCCGAAUGAUGACGGCAGGGAGAAGUAUAUCCGCUCGCACAUCCCGCUCGAUGAUCUGGAGCUCAAGGCGAGGUUUCCGCCCGUGGAUACGAAUGGACGGGAUAUGUAUGGUGCGUUUAAGCGUGGUGCGGGGAUCCCGGAUCAGGCGGGGAGUCAUGGGCAGUGAGAUGAGUGCGGAGGAUUUUGUUGCUGCUAUUAGCGAGCGUGCGGAGUUUUUGUUUUUG